AUAUCGAGGUCAGUUACACACAAAUUAAAUGUUGUUACCUAUAAUGAUUAGGGUAAAAUCUCAUAAUUCUUUCUGUUCAACUGAAGUUGCAAUUCUUAAGGAAAGAAUCACAUUUAGAAUUUGCAGAUACUAUGGAGGACUCAAAUAACAGAAGAACAUGGGAAGAGGAGAUCUACUGGCAGAAUUUUCACUUUGCUAAUUUCUUCCUAACUUUACCCACUAAUUUCCAUCAUCACCUUACACUUCCGAAGAAAUUUACUGAAUACAUGAAGAGUAAAUUACCUGAACAAAUAGUUCUUAAAGUAAAUAGAGUUUCCUGGAAUGUCAAUUUGAAGAAAGAAGAGGAUGAUAUUAUGUUUCACGGAGAUGGGUGGGAAGAAUUUGUCAAGGCUUACUCUUUGAAAAAGGCAGAUAUCCUGGUGUUUAAAUACAAUCGACGAGAAUCUUUUGAGGUUUUGCUCUUUGAUAGAGCAAGUUUAUGCGAGCAAGAAGCAUCAUACUUUGUCAGGAAAGUUCAGCAGAACUCUGAUGAUGACAAGGAGGAUCAUGAUCGUAGUGAAAAAACAAGAAAGGAUUUGACUGGUGAUAAAAGCCAAGAAGAUUAUGACUCUGAAUCGAGUGCUCCUAGAAACAGGCGUAAAAAGAACCCUGCUAGUACUCCUAAGAGUAAUUCUGGUAGAACUGCUCGUGCUAAAGAAGAUUUAGAUGAUGAGGAUGAAUCAGAUGAAAGUUCUGAUGAAGAGGAUUCCAUCUCAGAAGAGGCUAAAACUACACCAAACAAAACUGCUACUGCUAUAGCUAGAGAAUCUCCACCUAGUUCUUCACGCAAACGGAAGCGCAAUGGUGACAAAAAGAUAACCGGCAAUGAAAGCAGCUUUAGUCUUCAUCAAAUGUGUUACAGAUCAAAUAGAAGAGAGAUAACUGAGGAAGAGAAAGCAAAUGCUCUGACAAAGGCAAAGAUGGCGUCAGUACAGUUCAAGGACUCAUUCAUUGUAGUGAUGAGACCUACCUGUGUUUACAAGCGCUUUUAUUUGACGAUUCCUUCAGAUUGGAAACCCAGAAUUCGUUACAGAAAAGGGCAACAAGUGUGUCUAAUAGUGAAGGAGAAAACAUGGGAUUGCAGAGUUAGCUUCAGCAGAAACAACAUAGGUUUUCAAGGUGCAGGAUGGAAAAAGUUUGCCCGCGAAAACUUGUUGGAGGAAUUUGAUGUGUGCGUGUUUGUUCCUUGUGGCGCAAAGAAUGAAAGAUCUAUCCUCGAUGUUAGCAUAUUCCGAGUGGUUCCUGAAGCUGUUCCUCCAACUCUAGUAACUCCUUGACGAAUCAUUGUGUUAAUUGAAAUUUACUGAAUACAUGAAGAGUAAAUUACCUGAAGAAAUUAACAGAAUACAUGAAGAGUAAAUCAUUGGUUUCUGUUUCUGUAGCAGUAUUACUGAUGGAUGUUUUUGUUUUCUGCUUCCCAUCUUCCUUUCUGGUAAUAUCAUAAACUUUACUUUGCUCAUUCUACUUGGUACUAGUUA